AUGUCCUCAUGGGCCUCCCUCUCCUUCGUAGAGGUCCUCGAAGACCUCAGCUCGCGCUUCAUCGUUAACCUGCCCUCCGAGGAGCUGCAGCGAAUCGAACGAAUCUGUUUCCAAGUCGAGCAGGCACACUGGUUCUACGAGGACUUUCUACGACCCCUCAAUCCAUCAUUACCAUCUCUGAAUCUGCGGAAAUUCUCCAUCUACAUCCUCCAGACUGCUUCCCUGUCAGAUCUUGGAGGCACGACGUACGGUCUAGAGGCCGCUUUCGAUGAGUUUCUCAAGUACAAGACCAGGGUGCCCGUAUGCGGGGCGGUGUUGCUUUGCGACGAUUGGAAGAGCUGUCUUUUGGUCAAGGGCUGGAAGUCGUCAGCGUCAUGGGGCUUCCCCAAGGGUAAGAUCAAUCAAAAUGAGCCGCCUCGAGACUGCGCGGUUCGAGAGACGUACGAGGAGACGGGCUUCGAUUGUUCUCAUCUCCUCAAGCCCGACUCGGAGGACUGGAUGGAGCUCAACGUCCGUGAACAGAAGAUGCGGCUUUACAUUGUGCCGGGUGUCAAGAAGGAUACCAUUUUUGAGACGCAGACGAGAAAAGAGAUCAGUAAAAUCGCCUGGUUCAAGCUCGCCGACCUACCAACGUGGAAGCAGAGCAAAGCAGCAGGAGGCGGAGGGCUAGCGAGCGCAAAUGCGAGCUCCAAGUUCUACCUCGUCACACCAUUCAUUGGG